AUGUAAUCAGAACUUGAGAUUUAGGCAGUGAUAGGAUUCACAGGUAUAAUAACUCAAGGAUUAGUUCUGCAUCCUGACAAUGAGCAUAUUCUUUAUCCAUUAGGUUCUACUAUAGUAGUUAGACAUAUAAUUACAAGACAAUAAACAUUUUUAAGAGGACACGACAAUUAGAUCUCUGUAAUAACAGUUUCUAGAACUGGAGAUUAUGUAGCAUCUGGGUAGAAAACUUAUAUGGGGUUCUAAGCUGAUAUAAUAAUUUGGGAUUUCAAGGAGAGAAGCAUGAUUCAUAGGUUGAAAUUACAUAAAGUAUUGAUCCAAUCUCUCAGUUUCUCAUAUAAUGAAUUAUACUUGGCAUCAUUGGGAGGGAUUGAUGAUAAAAACAUGUUGAUUAUUUGGGAUAUUAAGGCAGGGAAGGCAUUAUAUGGAACUCCAAAUCGAGACCCAGUUAAUUAAGUCUAAUUUUACAACUAAUCAGAUGAAAAGAUGAUUGCAGUUUUAAAUACUGGAGUUUAGAUUUUAACAAUUGACAAAUUAAAUAAAAAGAUUCAAUCCGUAGAUGUGAGUUUUGGAAAUGUCAAAAGAACCUUUACUUGUGUUGCAAUUGAUAGAAAUGAUAAAUUUUGCUAUUGUGGAACAAAGACCGGUGACGUAUUUGAAAUUUAAAUGGAUAAUGCUAUUUACAAAAGAUUAGCUCCAGUCAAGAAGCUAUUUUCAUAAGGAGUUAACUGUUUGGGAUUAUUGCAAAACGGAGACAUCAUCGUGGGAGCAGGAGAUGGUAUGAUUGCAAAAGUGUCUUUUCAAACAAUGCAGAUCGUAGCAAGCAGUGAAUUACUUGGAGGUGUGACAUCAAUUUCGUUUACAAAUGAUUAGACUCAUUUUUUCGCAGGAACAGUUCAAAGCAAUAUUUAUUGGUUGGACACUGAAAAAUUGAUACCAGAAUUGAGAAAUACUUGCCAUUAUGAAAGAAUUAAUGAUGUAGCCUUUCCUCAUAAUUAUUCUGACGUAUUUGCUACCAGUUCCUUGAAUGAUAUCAGGGUUUGGAAUGCUAAGAAUAGAUAAGAAUUACUGAGAAUUCAAGUUCCAAAUCUUGAAUGCUGGGCAGUAGCCUUUAUGAAUGACGGUAAAAGUAUUGUAAGUGGUUGGAGUGAUGGAAAAAUUAGAGCCUUCUUACCAUAGUCAGGUAGAUUACUCUAUGUAAUUAAUGAUGCACAUAUCCAUGGAUGCACAUCAUUGACUUGCACUUCGGAUUGCUAAAGAAUUAUUUCAGGAGGAUCAGAAGGAGAAGUUAGAGUAUGGGAAAUUGGAAAACAAACUUAAGUUAUGAAAUCCUCAAUGAAGGAACAUAGAGGAAGAGUAUGGUCCAUUUAAGUUAGGAGAAACAAUGACUAAGCUGUGAGUGCCAGUGCAGAUGGAUCUUGCAUUAUUUGGGAUCUUAAAUCAUUUACAAGAGUCAUGUGCUUAUUUGAAAGCACCUUAUUCAAAAUGGUUCUGUAUCAUCCUGAAGAGAGUUAGUUAUUGACUACUGGAAGUGAUAGAAAAAUCACCUAUUGGGAAACCUUUGAUGGAUAAGCUAUCAGAAUGUUGGAUGGGUCUGAAGAAGGAGAAGUUAAUGCUUUGGCAAUUACAAAGGAAGGAGAACAUUUUGUAUCAGGAGGAGAAGACAAGGAGGUUAAAUUAUGGGGAUAUGAUGAAGGAAUUUGCUAUUUCAAAGGUCAAGGACAUUCAGGUACUAUAACAAGAAUUACUAUAAGUCCUGAUUAAAAGACUAUUAUAUCAGUUGGUGCAGAAGGAGCUAUUUUUAUUUGGAAGAUGCCUGAAUCUGUUAUUAAUUCUAAAGCAUAAUAAGAAUUACCUACUGUUUAAAGUGUAAAAAAACAGAAUGAUAUUCAAUAAUAAUCUUAAUAAUAAUAAUAAUCAGUGCCUAAAGAUGCAUAAUCAUAAAAGUCCAAUUAAGUUGCUAAGUCAGUCAAGUCAGGAACUAAGUCAUCCAAAAAAUGAUAGAAGUUAUUAAUAAUCAUUAUAAAGUCAUAAAUAUUAUAUUUU